AUGUUUUUUGAAAUUGUCCUGAUGGGUCUCCUGUUAGUUACCCAUUCUAGUGGAUAUCACUUUCAUCCAACAGUUCAAGAACCACCCUUAGACGUGAGCUUCGAUGGAGGUCGGGGCUUUGAACCAGUAAAAAUCUCAAAACGAAUAUCCAUAUCAAAUCUCUCCUCCGAAAAGAUCGAAGCAGGUCUUUGGAAGCUCUACUAUGAAGUGGCCAACUGCAUUCGACCAUGUCUUAACCACGGGGAGACAAUUUUACCUCGAAAUGCAAUCGAAUACUGUCGUUGUCUUUGUCCACCAACGCAUUUCGGGCUCGCCUGUGAGUAUCAAUACAUAAGCAAUCCACUUUCAAGGUCGACACAGUCUACUUAA